AUGACGAGAAAUAUAACUUGUUAUUUGGAAAGGGAAGAUAUAAUAAUUUGCAAUGGAGUGACUUAUAAACCUGAAGAAAUACUGACGUAUCAUGAUGAGCUGUUCUGGAUAUACCUCUGCGUAUACGUUGUACUUGUUUUAACGGCUGGGUUAAUGAGUGGUUUAACUAUGGGACUUUUUUCAUUGGAUUUAAUGAGUUUAACAGUCUUGUCUACUGAUGGAAAACCUAAUGAACAGAAACACGCAAAGCGAAUAUUACCUUUGGUUAAAAGGCACCACCUGCUGUUGGUUACGUUACUGCUUUCUAAUGCAGCAGCUGUGGAAAGUAUGCCACUCUUUCUCGAUCGAAUUUCAAAUCCAGUAACUGCUAUUAUUGUAUCGGUCACCGCUGUCUUAAUCUUUGGGGAAGUUGUACCACAGGCCUUAUUUACGCGGUAUGGUCUUGCAAUUGGAUCAACCUUAUCUCCACUUGUAUACGAACUCAUGUUUAUUACAUUCCCUAUCUCUUGGCCACUGUCUAAGAUUUUAGAUUGUGUUUUGGGCAAAGAACAUACAACCUUUUUUCGAAGAGCAGAGCUAAGUGCACUAGUCUCCUUGCACAAAACGGAAGAAAAUGAAGAACCUUUAACUGCGGAUGAGGUCACUGUCAUCAAAGGUGCACUUGCUAUGAGAGAUAAACAAGUAAUACAAGUGUGCACCCCGAUGGAAAGCGUGUUUUCUUUAGAUGUAAAUGGUGUUAUGGACAAAACCACCAUUAAUUUGCUGCUAAGCAGUGGACACUCUCGUGUACCAAUCUAUGAAGGCACGCCUGAUAAUUUGAUCGGGUUAAUUCUCGUGAAGAAUUUGAUUAAAGUUGAUCCCAAUGCUAACUUGCCGCUCAGAAAAGUAUUCGAAGAGCACAAGCGUCCUCUGUUAAAGGUUCCUCACUCCACAGGCCUCUUUGAUGUUCUCAAUUUGUUCCAACUUGGGAAAAGUCACAUGUUUAUUGUAGUGGAAGAACAAGCGAGUGCUAACAACACUGCCAUGGCUGCUAAGCUGAAACCUGAGGACGUCGUGCUUGGCUUGAUUACCCUCGAAGACGUGAUGGAGGAACUAAUACAAGAAGAAAUAGUGGAUGAGACCGAUGUGUAUGUGGAUGUGCAUAGAAAGAUUGAAGCAGCAAAAUCUCGGCGUCAGUUGCUCUCUACUAGUCCUAGUAUGCUUGCACGUGAAAACACCAACAUCAGAGAUGGUAAAGUAGAUACUGCAGAUGAUAGGCAACCUUUGUUAAAAUAAACUAUGCUUAGAUUUUUCGUAGUACACAGAUACAAUAUCAGAUAUGGCACCAAAUAGCAUGCUUAUUUUGUGCCUCGUAUCGUUUUAUAUAGUGCAGCUAAGCUGGUCUGGUCGGCAUAUGAAUAUCUGUAUAUGGCUUCUUAUGUAUACCAACAACUUCAAGUUUUUUUUUAGUGUUAACGAAGUUACUAUCUUGUAAACAUGUUUACUGGCCACUAAAACAAAUUUUAUUGGGCAACAAACGAUAUUGCAACUUUCUUAGAAUCAAUAUAUAUGAUUAUUAUACUAAUACACAAUACAAGUUAUUAAAUUAAUACAACGAAUAGAAGGAAAUUAACAGCAAAAUAACAGUAGUCUAAAAGCGUGGCUACCAAUUCAACAAUACUGCAUAAAUUAAAUCAUAUUGAGUUGUAUUUAAAUAACAAUAAACGUGAUCACUCU